AUGGUGGGCCUCGACCGCUUCUCCCCCCGGCCCUACCUGGACUUCGCAGAGCCCGGGUGGCCCAUCCCCGAGCGCACGUUGUCGGCGCGGUGGAGCGCGCCUGGGCCCCGGCCAGAGCUGGCCCUGGGCCCCUGGACCCCGGCCCGCGCGGCGGGGAGCGAGACGGCGUCGCCCUGGCAGGCGCUCCCACUGCGCCACUCGCCCCCGCCAUGGCCUGGGCGCGGGCGCGGGUACCCGGCCUCGCCGUGGGAAAGCCGCAGCCUGACCGACAUGGCCCAGAGGGCCCCCGACCGCGCCCGGAAGCAGCGGCCCUACAGCCGGCGCCUGGAAAAUGCCUGGGGGGAGGCUAGGUCCAAAGGCCAGCGGCUGGGAGGUGGAGGGCACAGCCUGACCUGGCAGCCGCCUCAACUGCAUCAGCCUCAACCCUGCCAACAGUACCCUCCGGCCCAGGGAGACUCGCCCCCGCCGGGACCUCGGGGAGCCUACACUCCCUUGAGGGCACCGAUUGGGGGGGAAGACGCACAGAAUGGAAACCGGUGGGCAGUGCCGGUCCGGAGAGAUUGCUGGUCCUUCUCCCCAGGUCCCACAGGGAAGUCUUCCAUGCUUUCCAAAGGGAGUACAUGCUCCGCCUCCGGGCACCCCCCGGAGAGGGGCGGUCAGGAGCUGCUGGAGUCACUAGGCGGCCAGUACUCCCAGCUGGAGGGCAGCUCAGAGACAGUGUCCUGUGAGGAGCUUCCGAGCCAGCCCUCGCAGAUCCUCAGAAGCAAACUGGCAGACGUGGUGAUCUCUUCCAGGGACCAGAAGAUCGUGGCCCUGGUGCUGGCCCGCCUUCAAAAGGCCCAGAAGAUGAGGGAGCUGCAGCAGCAGGCCGCGGUCGCCUGGGAGGAGCUGAAGCGCUCAGACCAGAAGGUCCAGAUGACCCUGGCCAAGGAGCGCAGGCUGCUGCUGCAGCAGAGCCAGGAGCAGUGGCAGCAGCAGAAGGAACAGCCCAAGGGUCACCUGUGCUGCCAGCGGCAUGCCCAUCAUCAGGACAGGGAGGGGAAGGCAGAGAUCCAGAAGGAGAAGCAGUUGGAGGCCCAGGGGAAGCUGGUGAAGGCCCGAGCCCCUGCCGAGCACAGGAAGCAGUGCCAGGUGCGGCAGUUGAUGGAGGAGGAGCGGGUUCAGGAGCAGAACAUCCUGCAACUGCAGAAGAGGCUGGAGCAGGCUUCUCACAAGAGGCACCUGCAUGCCCUGGAGGACUUGACAAGGGCCCAGGAGACCAACCUCACCUCCAUCAUCAACUACCAGGCCCGCAAGGUCCUCAUGGACUGCCAGGCCAAGGCGGAAGAGCUCCUCAAGAAACUGUCCCUGGAGCAGAGGUCCCAGGAGCUCCGUGAGACCCACGCGGCCUUGGGUCUGGAGCACCACCGAGAGCUGAGGGAGAAGGAGCCGAAGGAGGACAAGCAGCUCCAGCAGGUCCGGUGGCGAGUGGGAGAAUCCCAGGAGCAAAAGCAGAGGCGCCAGAGGAUGCUAAUGGAGCUGGUUGAUGACAAGCUCCGGCCGGCCAGGAGUAGCACCCAGGGGAACAUCAAAGACCGGGUGAAGCAUGCUCGCGAGCUCAGCGUCCUUCGGGAGAAGCAUCAUCACGUCCUGAAGCUGAAGGCAGAGAAGGAGGAGAAGGGCCACAUCGAGGGCAUCAAGGAGGCCAUUAGGAAAAAGCAGCAGAGGAGGGAACAGAUCUCUCGAGAGAAUGCAGCCGCUCUGGAGGACUUCCAGAAACUCUCCCGGGCCGCGCUGCAAAUGAGAGACCCAGUGAGAGCCCUUCCCACCAGCUCCUUGGAUCAGAAGCCUUGGGAAGCCCAGUUCCACGCCCAUCAGCCCCGAGGGAGCUACUGA